GUCCUGGGGGCCCACAAGGGACGUGGCAGCUACGGGAACAUCCAGGGAGGCCCAGCCAGAGUUUAAAACUAUCGCAGACCGCCCAGGCGCCCCACUCUUCUGCCCCUUCACAAAGGACCUCAGCCCACACUCUCCUGCUCGAAGAGAGACGCUGCCAGGAUGGAGGCCAUCAAGAAGAAGAUGCAGAUGCUGAAGCUGGACAAGGAGAAUGCCAUCGACCGGGCAGAGCAGGCGGAGGCAGACAAGAAAGCAGCUGAGGACAAGUGCAAGCAGGUGGAAGAUGAGCUGGUAGCUCUGCAAAAGAAGCUGAAAGGCACUGAGGACGAGCUGGAUAAAUAUUCAGAAGCCCUGAAGGAUGCCCAGGAGAAACUGGAACAGGCAGAAAAGAAGGCGACGGAUGCUGAAGGGGAGGUGGCCUCUCUGAACCGCCGGAUCCAGCUGGUGGAAGAAGAGCUGGAUCGAGCCCAGGAGCGCCUGGCCACUGCGCUGCAGAAGCUGGAGGAGGCCGAGAAGGCAGCAGACGAAAGCGAGAGGGGCAUCAAGGUGAUUGAAAACAGGGCGAUGAAAGAUGAGGAGAAAAUGGAAAUCCAGGAGAUGCAGCUGAAGGAGGCAAAGCACAUUGCAGAGGAGGCAGACCGCAAAUACGAGGAGGUUGCCCGUAAACUGGUCAUUCUGGAGGGAGAACUGGAAAGGGCUGAAGAACGAGCGGAAGUGUCUGAAGCGAAAUGCAGUGACCUGGAAGAGGAGCUGAAAAACGUCACCAAUAAUCUGAAGUCUCUUGAAGCUCAGUCGGAGAAGUACUCCGAAAAAGAGGACAAAUAUGAGGAGGAAAUCAAGCUUCUCACUGACAAACUGAAGGAGGCUGAAACCCGGGCCGAGUUUGCGGAAAGAACUGUUGCGAAACUGGAAAAGUCGAUUGAUGAUCUAGAAGAAAAAGUUGCCCAAGCAAAAGAAGAGAACUUGAGCUUGCAUCGAACGUUGGAUCAAACCUUAAGUGAACUUGGCAGCAUAUAAAUGGGUUGGAAAGUGUCCUGACUUCUGACAGUAUGAAAAGACAUGCUUGGAAUGGUUGCUUCCUCUUUAAUCCAGCCUCUUUCUCCUUAAAUCAUGCAAAGAGCAAAUAAGGGACCAAAUAUUUCUUUUUUUGUGUCUCCCCCCCCCCCCCCAAAAAAAGCGUUCUGGCUCUGGGCACAAAUUUAAUGAUGCUUCUUCCUAUAUAUCAUAUAGUACAGCUUGUUUUGAAAACGAGAAAGGUGUGUGUGUGUAUAUAUACACACAUAUAUACAUAUACGUGUGCAUGUAUAUAUGUGUUUGCAUACCCACACACACAUAUAAAAGGUAUUCUGUAGAUGCUAGAUUAAGUUGGGGGGGGCUUGUGGUAUUUAGGGCACAAUUCUGUACUGAAUGGAAGAUUUUUUUGAAGCUUCCUGUGAUCAUUUACAGUAUAAUAUAUACAUGUGAUGCUCUGGGUUCCCUCGUUUCUUGUCCUCUCUAGAAACAACUGGUGAAGGGAUGUAUUAUCUACUUUGUAGCCAGCCUUGUUAAAAAGUGUUUUUUGUGGUAGGGGAUGCAACAGGAAUUCGGAUACUUGUGUUUUAUUAUGCCUUCAAACUGGAUGGUCUACUUCCCUGUAUACAGAAAUGUGCCAAAGUUCAUGUCCUGAAAGAUUUGACAAAUGAACCAAAUCAUGCCUUCUCCAGUUUGCCAAUUUCUUUCAGUCAUCUUGUCGUCUGAUGGGAAAUAGCUUUUUUAUUAACCCGUAUUUAUUAAAUUUUUGCAAAGCAGUGGAAAUGGUGGACAAAAUGAAAUUAGCCCUAUUGAAUGUAUUUGGUACCCUGGCUGUAGCUUCUUUAC